AUGCGACAACUCAACGAAGGGGAAGAUCGGGCGUCACAUACAUGGUUUCUACCUCUUCUGGUAAGGGAGGAGCUUUCUAAAAGAUCGUGUGAAAGCCCUUGGGCCAUGAGCUCUCACUUUGUACGUCUUCAGGGACCUGGACUAAUAGGACUGCAAGAGUUGCUGACUUGUGUGGCGUAGAGAAAUAGGUGGGCAAACGGCCUAACACCUCUAAUGUCGCGACAGACACUCUUCAAAUGGUCGUUGGCCAGGUCACAGCCAAGUUUAAUGGCCUUUCCCUCCUUCGCUAGGUUUUCGCACUGAAAUCUCUGUCGGCAUGUACUAGAGAUGUGCGGAACCCGGGAGCAGCUGAAGGGUUUGGAAAAGGCCUACUGUGAAACGCAGAUGGGUAGCUCAGGGUAUCUAUGAUCACUGUGGGUCGCUGAGUCAAGAGUAUUCGUCCACGUACGCCGCUAGGGUCUCUAGGGACCCUGCAAAGCGCAAUCUAGUGAUCGUGGACCUCCGAGGUAGAAGAAUUUCAGCGGGAGACCUGGAUAGCGAUGGAUGUUCCUUCCGUGGCCAGCCUCCUCGGGAUGCGCCUGCCCUCAGAGCAUCAAGUGUCUCUGUUGAGUGCUGCGUUCCUGCCCAACUAUCUUUGAUGGUGGGGAGUGUACCGGUGGUUCGGACUAAGGAGUGA